GUGAGGAUCUCUGUGUGUGUGUCUCAACAGUGCUGCUGCUUCUGCCUGUGCAAGCCUGGCACUCUCACAUUCAACACCAAACACACUAACUCUGCUAAUGAAGUAGUGAGCAACAGCAGCAGCACCUCCUGACCGCCAUUCCAAGUUGAGGGUUUUCUCUGCUGCUUCCAGGAGUGAAAGCUGUGCCUUUAAUACUCAUUGAGAGAGAUACCCAAGGAAGAGAGUACUGCUCUGAAGGGAAAAGUUGAGGGAAACUGGGGAUUCAGCUACAUUUGCCCCGGACCUCUUAACUGUUGGAUGUGGUGAUCUCCAUGGUAACUCAAACCCCCAGACUCUUGACAGCAGCCUGCGACAAGCAGCAUUCAACAGCUCAAAGAUCUCACGAACAGAGUGUGGAUCACACUUCUUAUAAACCUCAUCAUAUUGAGGUGGGGCUAAGAUGAGCAUAACCAGUGACGAAGUGAAUUUCUUGGUGUAUCGCUAUCUCCAGGAAUCAGGUUUUUCCCAUUCGGCCUUUACAUUUGGUAUUGAAAGUCACAUUAGUCAGUCCAACAUCAACGGAACACUAGUGCCACCUGCUGCCCUCAUCUCCAUACUUCAGAAAGGUCUGCAGUAUGUGGAGGCUGAGAUCAGCAUCAAUGAAGAUGGUACAGUAUUUGAUGGCAGGCCAAUAGAGUCACUAUCGCUGAUAGAUGCAGUGAUGCCUGACGUUGUUCAGACCCGGCAACAGGCAUUCAGAGAGAAACUAGCUCAACAACAAGCCAGUGCAGCAGCAGCAGCAGCAGCAGCAGCAACGACAGCAACAGCAGGAACAACGACAACUGCUAUUUCCCAGCAGAACACACCAAAGAACGGAGAAGCCACUGUGAAUGGAGAGGAGAAUGGGGCACAUGCAAUAAAUAAUCAUUCAAAGCCAAUGGAAAUUGAUGGGGAUAUUGAAAUUCCUCCUAACAAAGCAACAGUCCUUCGGGGCCACGAAUCAGAGGUGUUCAUCUGUGCCUGGAACCCUGUCAGUGACCUACUAGCAUCCGGAUCUGGAGACUCAACAGCCAGAAUAUGGAAUCUCAAUGAAAACAGCAACAGCGGUUCCACUCAGUUAGUUUUGAGGCACUGCAUAAGGGAAGGAGGACAUGAUGUCCCCAGCAAUAAGGAUGUGACUUCAUUGGACUGGAAUAGUGAUGGAACACUAUUGGCUACAGGAUCAUAUGAUGGUUUUGCAAGAAUAUGGACAGAAGAUGGAAACCUUGCUAGUACCUUAGGUCAACAUAAAGGUCCCAUAUUUGCCCUUAAAUGGAACAAAAAGGGGAAUUACAUUUUAAGUGCUGGUGUUGAUAAAACAACAAUAAUUUGGGAUGCUCACACAGGAGAAGCCAAGCAGCAGUUUCCUUUCCAUUCAGCCCCUGCUCUGGAUGUAGAUUGGCAGAACAACACUACUUUUGCCUCCUGUAGUACUGACAUGUGCAUUCAUGUAUGCAGACUUGGCUGUGAUCGCCCAGUUAAAACUUUUCAAGGACAUACAAAUGAAGUCAAUGCAAUUAAAUGGGACCCUUCUGGUAUGCUGCUAGCAUCCUGCUCUGAUGACAUGACAUUAAAGAUUUGGAGUAUGAAGCAAGAUACAUGUGUACAUGACCUUCAGGCCCACAGCAAAGAGAUUUAUACUAUUAAAUGGAGUCCUACAGGGCCAGGCACCUGCAACCCAAACUCCAACAUCAUGUUAGCAAGUGCUUCAUUUGAUUCUACUGUUCGGCUGUGGGAUGUUGAACGAGGAGUCUGCAUUCAUACAUUAACCAAACAUCAAGAACCUGUCUACAGUGUAGCUUUUAGUCCUGAUGGAAAAUACCUGGCCAGUGGAUCCUUUGACAAAUGUGUCCAUAUAUGGAAUACACAGAGUGGAACUCUAGUACAUAGCUACAGAGGCACUGGAGGCAUCUUUGAAGUCUGUUGGAAUGCUAGAGGAGAUAAAGUGGGAGCAAGUGCAUCAGACGGAUCGGUUUGCGUUCUAGAUCUGCGGAAGUAAAAAUGAAGUGUUUUAGAAGAAAUUUCAAAUGGACCAGCAGUGAAUGUGUGGGGAGAAGCACUCUUCAAAACUAUUCUUAACAGCUCCAGAACUGUAUGAACUCGAAAAAAGUUAGAGUGUACAAUGAAACAACUCUCCCUGGCCACAGAUGUCUAGUAUUUUGUCCGUAACCUUCAUCAAGGAGUAAAAACACAGUCACUUCAGAGGGGGAGGGGAUGGUUUCCACCUGAAACAUUCAGCCUUGGAAGCAUGAAGCCACCAGCUAGACAUUGCACUGUUUUGUUUGCAUCUGAGAACUUGCUCUGAUGGCUGAGAAAAAAAGCUGUGCCAAAAAAAAAAAUACAAACAAAAAAAGCAAAAUGCUGUGAUAAACCAAAAGGGAAAAAAAAAUCCUCCUCCAUGUGGUGUUGUAUUUUUUUUCCUUCCAAUUUGGACACUACAGUUGCUCUCCCAAAGGACGUUCGAAGACCAGUUUGUACUGAUGAAAUGCGCAACUUUGUAAUCACAACACUUUCUAUUUUCUAGACUACUUUUUUGUUCAGUGGUUUUUCUAUCAGCUGGAAUAUUAUAGUCUGGAAGAUCCCAGGCUUAGGUUGGAACUGAUUUUUUUGCCUUUUAUUUUCCCUGCCACUUUUUCUUCUUCCUUCCUUUCUUUUCUUUCUUUUCUCUUCUUUUUUCCCCCUCUUUUUUUCCUAUAUGCCCAUAGUAGAUGCAGCCAGGUGGACAUGACAGUGAAAACUUCUGACAGACUGCUUCUCCUUUCUGUUCUCUCCCUCUCUCUUUCUCUUCCCCUCACCCCCGCUUAUUUAAAAAAAAAUCCUCCAUGCUUCAGAUCUUAGCGUCUCAAGGGCACUUUCAGCAAAUUGUGUAAUAAGUGCUUUAUAUAAGAAUGCAGUGCCGGGGAAGCUUUUUACAGGAGAAAGAUGACUUUUAAGAGAAAGAACCCAGUGUAUUUUUGGAAAAAAAUAUUUUUUAUGUUAAACACAAUUUUAAAAGCCUAAAAUGGCCACUGAAGAUAAACUGGUUGUGUAAUUCCUAGAAAAGAAUGAUGCAAAUGGAAUCCAAGAUACAUGAAAGAUGCAGUAUCCUUUACUCCUCUCCCCCAGCUGAAUAACCACUGUAAGAAAAUUGUCAUUCGAUAUAACAGAUCAGUCAUUUUUUUAAAGAAAUAUUUUCCUGCAGCCAGAAGUUUCAAUAGUUUAAUUUCAUUUUUGUGGCUCUGUGUUGAUGCUGAUUUAAAUUUAUUAAAUGAACUUAGAAGUUUGAGGUUAUAAUACAGUAUUCAUUUCUGUGGGUCCAUAUAUACAAAUACUCAUGGUAAUAACUAAAAGAAUAGUGUGUUUUCUUUCCUAUAUGAAUGGUCCUACAUUCCUAUAAGGCUUGAAUUCCGCUUCCCUCCGUCCCUUAUUUUACUUGUCAUCUUUUUGGGCUGAUCCUCCUCUCAUUAAGUCAGUGGGACUUGUACCACUGAUUUAAUAGGACCAAUAAGACUGGACAUCUUAGGUGACAUCCUAACGUUAUCCACUUAACGGGUGAAAGGCUCCAAGCAGAGAAGAAGGUUUCUAAAUGCCAGCUAUCCACACAGGGGUAGAUACUCCAGCACAGGCAUGCCAGAAGAAAGUUAAAAGCCUGCUUACUAAAGAACCCCUUGUAAGAUGUGGUGGGGGUACAUGCUGGAGGCAGAAGAGGCAUGUUAUGGGAAGGGCCACAUGGAGAGAUUCCUGGCAGUAUUGUGGACCAUUGGGCAGCCCCAGUAUGUUGCCGUAAUGUAGACCAGUGGUUUUCAACCCUUUUUUCAUUUGUAGACCCCUAAAUGUCAAAUGGAGGUACAGACCCCUUUGAAUUGUAAGUGGGGGUAUUCACAUACUUUGAUUGAUCAUAGUCAUCUUUCAUGGACUCCUUAGACAUAGUCUACAGAUCCUUAGGGGCCUGUGGACCACAGGUUGAAAACCAUUGACAAAGACUGUACCUCAGAUCUACCUGGAUCAGGCCAGGAGCUUCACCAGGCCCUAAACCAGCCCAGGACUGGGAGGUUGCAAAGGUGCCUUCAAGCCAGGUCCAUAACAGUGAAAUGCUGAAGUGAAAAUUGCUUAGUGUAUGCAAAAGUUUCUUAGUGUAUGGAAUUAGCAUUUUGUUUCCUCUGAUAUUCUCUCUCUUCCAGAUUAUAUAUGUAAAGUACCUCAGCCUUUUCACUGCAAUAAAGCAUCAGUGACUCCAGGACUGUAUGUAAAAGAUAUGAAACUGGAGAGUAGCUAAUUAAGACAAGUGAACUACCAGGAGGAUUAUUUAGUCCUGAGGUGGAAACAUUUAUUUGAGAUUUGGGUUCUUAAUUACUAUUGCUAUUUACACCAAAGAAUGAAAGGUUGGAUGUGGCAAGAGUCAUUGUACUUGUUUUAAUGUACUCAUAUUAGUUUCUUUUUCCUUAGAGAGCAUGCCUUUAGUUGAUCACAUGACAUUUUUAACUGUUUUAUAAUAGCCACUUACCCGACCGCUUUAAACUCACAAUAAGAAAAAAAAACAGUAUGUGCUCAAAGGGGAAACUGACCUUUAUUACAGUUUCAAUGAGGUUUUAUAAAGAACGUUGGAUUGAUUACUCAAUAGAGCAAUUGUGUGAGUGUGUAUAUGUGUGUGGUUGGCAUCUUAAGCUUUUCCCUGUGUUGUGUGUGAGUCCGAGGCUAUAUCUGUGGGGCUCAUGGGCAAAUAAUACCUAGUUUUGAAGGUGCACAAGGCAUUGAUAAGUCCCUUUCUUUUAAGUCUGCACUUUGUGUGACUCUUGAACAGGCCAAAUUUGAAGAUGUGGAGAGAUGAGAAUGAGUGAUUUGAGUUCAAUUACUUUUGCUGCACAACUUUCUGGAGACAGACAGUGCCUGUGUUUUAUAGCUGAUGGAGACAAUUCCAGGAAUAUUAACUACAGACACUGCAAAGGUGUCAAAGCAGGGGGUUUCUUUUCUGAAGUUAUCUGCUGCAUACAGAGGGAGGUAAGGAGAUAAAACACGAGUUUCGAAUUCAUCAGGAUCCAAGCCUGUAAGCGAAAGGUGCUGUCAUCCCAAAGAAUUCUGUGUAUGUUCUCUGGUCUUUUGCAAAUGGUGCACUGAAAGCUAGAAAAAGACAAAUGCUAAAAGAAUGAGAAAACCUUCAAUGGCAGUUAGUGGAUAAUCUUCAUAUAAGCUUACACUUCAUAUAAGUGUAAGCAGGACAUACGAGGUACAGCAGCAUGAAAAAACAAUGUAAGAAUAUAAUUACGGUUUGUACAGGGUUGUUUUAUAUAAUGUUUUUGUUUAUAAUGCUUAGAAGGAAAAAAAACUGAAAGGGAAAUGGCCAAGUGACCAACUUAAUCAGGGGUCUGCAACCUAAGGCACAGGCUGAAGCCUGCCCUUAUAGGUCUGAUCUGGCCCAGGGUAGCCCAAAGGUUAGAUGGCACAGAGCUGUAUUGUGCCACCCAUCCCUUCUGCAGCAUUUCCCUCUCUGCUGAUCUCUCGUGCCUGAGCUUACCCUCAGUGCAGAGGGGCCAGGGAUCAGCAACAAGGGUAAGUGCUGGCAGCUUGGGUGCUGUCAGAGGCAAAGAUUUGUGGCCUGCAACAGGGGGCUGGGUCACAAGCUUCAUCCUGUAGCAGUAAAAGGUUGCCGACACCCAAACUAAACCAGUAAAUGUUACUAGCAUGAUACUUUUACUGGCUGCUUUGGAACUGUCUUUGAGGUGAAGCUUCAGUCUUUGAAUACAUACCCAAGUUCCAUAUGGUAAGAGGAUACUGCAUCUUCAAUGUAGAAAACACUGGGUCCCUUAUGGGGCAUUAAAAGGCCUGACUUACAGGGUUAAACACGCACUAAUCCCAUGCUACGUCUUAGAAAUUUCCUUUUGACUUGUUUUUUUUUUUUUUAAAGAUAAAAACUAGCUAAUUUUAGAGCCAAGUGAAGUGCACUUUGUCAAAUGUAAGGGUCUGCUUUGGUUUUUUUGGGGUUUCUUUUUUUUUUUUUCUUCCUUUUUUGUUCUUUUUCCCUUCUUUUUUGCUCCUCUGUUCCUCUUUUGCCUUUUUUUUUUAAUUGUGGUUCUUUGUCAAUUGCAGAAAUGCUCUUUCAGCCACUCACUGAAAUUCUGAAUUCUGGCUUCUGCAGUUUUUAUUGUCUGUGUCAGACUUGCAGCCAGACUUGGUUCUCUUUUAAGCAUUUUCCAGAUUCUGUUGAAACAACGUCAACCCCUAUUUUGUUUUCUCCCUACCCACACACUCUCAAGAUUCACCUUGUGUAUUGUAGCUCAUUUGUUUUAAGGAGAGAAUCAACAGAUCAUAUUCAGUGUCUUGAAUAAAUUGCUAUAUUUUGAUAUUAGAGAA